CUUUAUAAGCUAACAUCACCCGUCUCCUACAAAAUUCGUCGCCCAGUUUCUUCAUCAACUCAGCGGCUCCUAUCUUCUUUGUUCUCUGCUUAAGGAACUUGAAAAGAAAGGUAGUAGAAAGCUAUGGCUUACGCACCACCAAUGAAGCAAGGAAAGACUGGAUUUGAGGAGCCACAAGAGCAGAUUCACAAGAUCAGAAUCACUCUCUCCUCAAAGAACGUCAAAAACCUUGAGAAGGUGUGCACUGACUUGGUCCGUGGAGCUAAAGACAAGAGACUGAGAGUGAAAGGACCAGUGAGGAUGCCAACUAAAGUUCUCAAGAUUACCACAAGGAAAGCUCCUUGUGGUGAAGGAACCAACACGUGGGACAGGUUUGAGCUCCGUGUACACAAGCGUGUGAUCGAUCUCUUCAGCUCUCCUGAUGUUGUGAAGCAGAUCACUUCCAUCACCAUUGAGCCUGGUGUUGAGGUCGAGGUCACCAUCGCUGAUUCUUAGAUUCAUGCGCUUUAAUUUACAAUCUUGUCUUUGAAUUCCAUCGACUUCUCUCUUUUUUGUUUUACAAGGUUCAGACUUGGUACUUUUUUUCCUAUAUGUUAUCCUUUUGAAUUUGUUAUUGUUAAAACGUUUAAUUUUCUAGUUUUGUUUUGCUAAA